ACUUAUAGCAAUAAAUUAUAACAAUGAAUACGGUUCAGUGUUUUCUCUUUGCCAAGUCUCUGUCACACACUUUCAUUUCAAGCACAACAGAACCAUAUUUGUAUUCUACUCAUUCACUCUCUCUUCUCUUUCACCAUUUUUCUUCUACCUUUCUUAUCUUUUCUUUCAUUCUCUUCUGUACCAUUCUACUUUUCAAUGGAACUCAAGAACAAAAUGCUGCAAAGCUAUAAAAAAUCUCUCUAGGAUCACUUAAAAUGUCAAUAACAUUUUACUAUAUAGAGUAAUCUUUGGCAUAAGGUUCUUUUUUUAGUUUAGUUUUGUAGAAAAAUGAAGGCAACUAGUUUAGUUAUAUACCAAAAAUCUAUGAUGGUUAUGGUUAUUGAGUGAUAUUUGUUGAGGAAGGAAAUUUUAGUGGGAUUAUUAGUUUAGUUGUAGGCUUGUAGCGAUGAGUCGAGAACAACCGAAGCGAGGGAAGCAUGAAAAAGUUUGUGAUGGUGCUAAGAAGGUUAUUGUUGCUGUCAAGGCAUCAAAGGAAAUUCCAAAGACUGCUCUUGUUUGGUCUCUAACUAAUGUUGUUCAACCUGGUGAUUGCAUUACUCUGCUAGUGGUUGUACCUUCACAAAGUUCAGGCCGAAAAUUAUGGGGUUUUCCGAGGUUUGCUGGUGACUGUGCUAAUGGACACAAGAAGUCAACAAUACUGGGAGCUAGCUCAGAGCAAAAGAAUGAUAUCACCGAUUCUUGCUCUCAAAUGAUCCUUCAGCUCCAUGAUGUCUAUGAUCCAAAUAAGAUAAAUGUCAGGAUUAAAAUUGUUUCUGGAUCACCUUGUGGAGCAGUGGCUGCAGAAGCCAAGAAAGCUCAAGCCAACUGGGUCGUCUUUGAUAAAAAUCUCAAGCAUGAAGAAAAACAAUGCAUGGAAGAACUUCAGUGUAACAUUGCGGGUAUGAAGGGUUCCCAACCGAAGGUACUCCGCUUCAAUUUGGUAGGAUCGCAAAAGAAGGAUCUUGAAGAAACUUGUUCAUUACCUUCCGAGCAGCACGAUAUGCCUGGAAAACAAUCCAAGAAGAAGAAUGGUUCUUUGAAAUCUACAAUUGGACAAGUUGUCACGCCAACUAGCAGCCCCGAGUUAGAGACAUCAUUUACUGCAACUGAAGUUGGAACUUCAUCGGUUUCAAGCUCUGAUCCUGGAACUUCACCAUUUUUUGUCUCCGAGAUCAUUGCCGAGUCAAAGAAAGAAGAAACUAUCAUAGAAAAUCAAGAAACUGAUGGUACUAUCUCUGACACAGAUAGUGAAAAUUUGUCCACAUCUUCAGCAAGCUUGCGAUUUCAGCCGUGGAUUACAGAUCUAUUUUUGCAUAAACAAUCAUCUCAACGUGAAGAAGAAAGAUCAGAGAGUUCUCGUUCUCAUGCUAGGCUUGAAACGUCUACAACUAGAGCUUUGCUAGAAAAGUUCUCCAGGCUUGACAGAGAAGCUGAAAUUGAAACCUCGACCUUUAAGGCUGACUUGGAAUUCAGUGGAAGCAUAAGAGAAGUGGUAGCAUUAUCUAGAAACGCCGCACCUGGUCCACCUCCAUUAUGUUCAAUAUGUCAACACAAGGCUCCUGUUUUUGGAAAACCUCCAAGAUGGUUCAGCUAUGCUGAGUUGGAGCUAGCUACUUGUGGAUUUUCACCGGCCAAUUUCUUGGCAGAAGGAGGAUAUGGAUCUGUUCACAGAGGGGUUCUACCAGAGGGGCAAGUUAUUGCUGUCAAGCAACAUAAAUUGGCUAGUUCUCAGGGUGAUCUUGAAUUCUGCUCGGAGGUUGAAGUCCUGAGUUGUGCUCAGCACCGAAAUGUUGUUAUGUUGAUCGGGUUCUGUAUAGAGGAUAAAAGAAGGUUAUUGGUUUAUGAAUACAUAUGCAAUGGAUCAUUGGAUACUCAUCUAUAUGGGAGACAACGGAAACCAUUAGAAUGGUCUGCACGUCAUAAAAUUGCUGUUGGUGCUGCUCGAGGUUUGCGAUAUCUUCAUGAAGAAUGCAGAGUGGGAUGCAUCGUCCACCGUGACAUGCGGCCUAACAACAUUCUUAUCACUCAUGAUUUUGAACCACUGGUUGGUGAUUUUGGACUAGCAAGGUGGCAGCCUGAUGGAGACACUGGAGUGGAAACUAGAGUUAUUGGGACAUUCGGGUAUUUGGCUCCCGAAUAUGCUCAAAGUGGACAAAUAACUGAAAAGGCUGAUGUAUAUUCUUUCGGAGUUGUAUUAGUGGAGCUUGUGACUGGGCGUAAAGCUGUGGAUAUCAACCGGCCUAAGGGACAGCAGUGUCUUACCGAGUGGGCACGACCACUAUUAGAAGAGUAUGCCAUUGAGGAACUGAUUGAUCCAAGGUUGGGAAGUCACUAUUCAGAAGACGAGGUCACUUGCAUGCUACAUGCGGCAUCCUUAUGCAUAAGGCGAGAUCCUUAUUCCAGACCACGCAUGUCACAGGUUUUGCGAAUACUAGAGGGCGACACAGUCAUGGAAUCACCACGCCAUUUCAGAGUUUCCCCUUCCCUUUGAAGCUCACUCUGAAGAACGAAACUACAGACCUGCCUAUUGCAAAAGUGGUUCACCAUGAAAACUGCAUUCUUGUCGUGCUUUUGUAUUAUAUAGUUUUAUUUAUCUCCGCAAUGAUAUAAUUUUACAUUUCUGUAUAGUAGAGGGAAUGUAGGAUAAACAAGGUAACAAAUAUAGAAUAGAAGCUAAUCCCUUGAAAUUCUUCAAAAAACAAUUGUAAACAUGUGCCUAUAUAAACGGCAUUCAACAAACUCAGGAGCUUUAUAGUAUAUGGCUCUUCUAUGCUCCAUUGCUCUUCAAGUGGUUAAAAAAGCUUUUUGUAAACUCUCUCCAA